AUGUCUAUCGAGCUCGAAAACAAGUGUCUCUGCUACCACGGCCCGUUGCUCUACGUCGCAAAGGUGCUUCGUGUGUACAAUGAGCAGAAAAGAACAAUAUCGUCCAAGGAAUACACCGAUCUGAGUAUCGACGACGAACGGGCAGAAGCAGACAGGCCCCCCGAGGAUAUGCGCGGAAUCGCAUGCUAUUUCAUCCACUACCAGGGCUGGAAGGCCAGCUGGGACGAAUGGGUCGGUUUGGACCGCAUCAGGCCGUACACAGAAGAGAAUUUAGAGUUGAAGAAGUCUUUGGUCGAGCAGGCCAAGGCCAAGGCAGCCAGCGCGAAUGCCAGCGCGAGCGCUGGCAGCGGGUCCAAUGCCUCGGCAAAACGCGUUGGGAAGAAGAAAAUCGGUGUCAGACGCGUCGGAAGACCCAGCAAAAAGGAUAAAGAGCUCGAAAGAAGGGCUUUAUCGGAGAAUUCCCCAGGUCUCUCUGAGACUUCGAAAUCUUCCGGAGCAGGCUCUGGCACGCCUGGAACCCCAGGCGCUGGCCUAGAUCGCAAAUCUGCCUCUCCUCCUCCAAACUCAAAAUCACCUCCACAGAUGGCCCUGCUCAACAAGAGAUCACACCCAAAGAUAUACAUCAAGAUCCCCAUCGCACUCCGGUCCGUCCUAGUCGAUGACUGGGAAAACGUCACAAAAGACCGCCAACUAGUCCAGCUCCCCAGCUCCCACCCGCUAGACGAAACCCUCCACCAAUUCUACACAGACAUGGCCGGCUCCCUCGCGUCCCCAGUAGACCAGGCCCAGCUCUCGGAAUUCAUCAACGGAAUAAAACUCUACUUCAACCUCUCGCUCGGGAAACUCCUCCUCUACCGUCUCGAAAGAAUCCAAUUCGCAGACCUCUUGAAAAAAUACCCAAACAAACAACCCACUCAAGUCUACGGAACCGUCCAUCUACUAAGACUCAUCACCCUGCUCCCAGAGAUGAUCGAGUCCAGCAAUGUCGACGACCAGACCGCCAAAAUUAUCGUGAAACACUGCGACAGCCUGCUGGACUGGAUCGCGUCACACGUUCCAUCCACCGUUCCGAUGGACACCUACAUCAAUACCUCCUCCCAGUAUGAAGGCGUGGCCCUAAGCAUGUGA